AUGUCCAACAAGCCCUUUGAUAAUCAGAGGAAGAAGCGUAAAGAGAAGGAGAAAGAAAAAGAAAAAGACAAAGAUGCGGACUCAUUUGUUGGGAGCUUUUCGGUCCCCGCCGACGAGGAGGAUUGGGCUAGAUUGGUCCUCACUGCCAAGCUACGAGGCAAGACAAUCCACGAUAUAACAAAGAUGGGGUCUGGGAGUAAGAUUCGAAAGAAGCAAUUCGUGAUGUGUCGCGCGCUAUGGGGGAAGAGAAUGACGAGGGCGGAUUUCGUUGAGUUUGGUCUUCCUAAGUACGGUCUUCAUGAUUACUGGGCGAGAGCCACCGAAACCAUAGUAAACUCCGAUGAGUUUUCUAAGUACUUGGUUCUCAUACCCCAGCAUCAUUUGAUUGAAACUCUUACUGAAACGGAUCCUCGAUGGGCGGGAUCAUUUAUGGAGGCACUGGAACUACAGAGAGAGUGUGGAGAGUUGCAAGUAGGCCCACAGGACGAUGCGCCGCCCGCGACCAAGCUCCGCCGGCGUGCCUCUAGGGCUCUUGGUAGUCUUUUUAGCUCCUCUCAGCAACGACGUGUCGAGGAUACCCCCGCUCAUAACGAUGACAAUGGAAACGAGGCUUUGCCCAUCGCGGAAGACGAGAAUAUAGUUAAUGCAGCGCUCUUGAGCUUCCUUCGUCGGGUUGCUGCUUUAACUCGUGAGCAACAGUCUCGUUGGACUUAUAAGCGAGUCCUUUUCCAAUCCUCCUUUGGAAAGUGUUCUUAUAGGGCUUAUACCGAUGGCGCAUUGCGCACCAUCAGAGAUCGAAUUUACAACGCCCUUGUGGAGGUGAAGAAAGGGUACCGUUUCAAGGACCUAGAAAAGAUCCAACUACAGGAGACUGCAGAGCUAGUGGGCUGGAUGAUAAGCGGUAAUCACCUGGAGGUAUAUCUCAACGGCUAUAAGCUGAUGGUCUCCCAAAACGGGAUGCAAAUCUUUCUUACUUUUGGCAAGAUGGACGACGGGUAUCGGGGCUACUUAGUGAACAAGGAGUCUGCUGCAAAUUGUGGAUCGUUUAUGAGGAUGCAGACUUAUGGUCCCUGGAACGUAUUGCUUGCUCCCCACAUGAAACAGUUCGGCAUUAUCAUUACAUGUAUUACGUUGGCGGUUAACCACCAAGCCAGCUCUUAG